ACAGAGGGGAGCGGGGCCCGGCCUGCGCGACCCCCCCCGCCUCCCGGGGGAAGGGGAUCGCCUCAGGGUCGCCGCCCCACAGCCCCCGGUGGCACCGCUCGGCUCCCGCCGCUGAGGGACGGCCGGAGGCCGCGGGGUCCGCCGGGCGCGGCCCGCCCCCGCCGCCCUGCCCGCCCCUCCCGCCCCCGCCGGGACCCCCGAGUGCCGCCGCAGCUGGUGCCGCUCCCGCUGCCAUUGGACCAAAAAUAGCAUCUUCCCUCCCUCCGGCCCGGCUCCCGCCGCCUCCAUCGCCCGUUCGCCGCCGCCGGCCGGCCGGAGGGAGGGAGGGGAGGGAGGGAGGAUGCAGCGGGCCGCGCUCUUCAGCGGCGGCGACGCGCCGAUGGCCGCCGGGGACCUGGGCGAGCUCCUCGUCCCCUACAUGCCCACGAUCCGGGUGCCCAAAUCCGGCGACCGGGUUUACAAGACGGAGUGCGCCUUCUCCUACGACUCGCCCGAUUCAGAAGGAGGUCUCUAUGUGUGCAUGAACACGUUUCUGGGAUUUGGAAGGGAACACAUUGAAAGGCAUUACCGGAAAACAGGACAGUGUGUAUAUUUGCAUCUGAAACGACACGUGAUAGAGAAGGUACCAGGGGCAUCUGGUGGAGCUUUACCAAAAAGGAGGAAUGCUAAGCUAUUUUUAGAUCUAGACACAAACAGCGAUCUCAACAGUGAUGACUUUGAAUAUGAAGAUGAAGCAAAACUUGUUAUAUUUCCUGAUCACUAUGAAAUCUCAUUACCCAAUAUAGAGGAGUUACCAGCACUGGUGACGAUAGCUUGUGAUGCACUCCUCAGUGCAAAAUCACCCUACAGGAAGCAGGACCCUGACUCCUGGGAAGAAGAGCUACAGGCAUCUAAACAUGCCAAAACACUUGUACAGUUAGACAAUGGUGUUAGAAUUCCCCCCAGCGGUUGGAAGUGCUCAAAAUGUGACCUGCGGGAGAAUCUGUGGCUAAACCUGACAGAUGGUUCGGUGCUGUGUGGCAAGUGGUUCUUCGAUGGCAGCGGGGGGAACGGACAUGCAAUGGAGCACUACAAGGAGACAGGAUAUCCCCUGGCAGUGAAGUUGGGAACCAUCACUCCAGACGGAGCAGAUGUCUAUUCCUUUGAUGAAGAGGAGCCAGUUUUAGAUCCACAUAUAGCAAAACAUUUGGCACACUUUGGAAUUGAUAUGCUGCAGAUGCAAGUGACAGAGAACGGGCUAACUGAUAACGAUAUAAAACCAAGAGUCUCUGAGUGGGAGGUGAUUCAGGAAGCUGGCAUGAAACUCAAGCCCAUGUAUGGUCCAGGAUACACCGGCAUGAAGAACCUGGGGAACAGCUGCUACCUCAACGCUGUCAUGCAAGCCAUUUUCAGCAUCCCAGAGUUCCAGCGAGCGUAUGUGGGAAACCUUCCAAGAAUAUAUGACUACUCUCCUCUUGAUCCAACGCAAGACUUCAACACUCAGAUGGCUAAAUUGGGACACGGCCUCCUUUCAGGCCAGUACUCUAAGCCACCCAUGAAAUCUGAGCUUAUUGAGCAGGUGAUGAAAGAAGAACACAAGCCUCAACACAACGGAAUAUCUCCCCGAAUGUUUAAGGCUUUUAUAAGUAAAGGCCACCCAGAAUUUUCGUCUAACAGACAACAAGACGCACAGGAAUUUUUCCUACAUCUUAUAAAUCUAGUAGAGAGGAACCCGGUAGGUUCAGAAAACCCUAGUGAUGUUUUCCGGUUCCUGGUGGAAGAGCGCACACAAUGCUGCCAGUCCAGAAAGGUCCGCUACACAGAGAGGGUGGACUACAUCAUGCAGUUACCGGUUGCCAUGGAGGCAGCGACAAACAAAGAUGAAUUAAUUGCCUAUGAAUUGAAGAGGCGAGAAGCAGAAGCUGCGAGGAGACCUCCUCCAGAGCUCGUCCGUGCCAAGAUCCCAUUUAGCGCAUGUCUGCAGGCCUUUUCUGAACCUAACAACGUAGAGGAUUUCUGGAGCAGUGCCCUUCAAGCAAAAUCUGCAGGAGUUAAGACUUCUCGCUUUGCUUCGUUUCCUGAGUACUUAGUGGUGCAGAUAAAGAAAUUCACCUUUGGCCUUGAUUGGAUACCCAAAAAGCUUGAUGUUUCUAUAGACAUGCCAGAUUUCCUAGAUAUCAGCCACCUCCGGGCCAGGGGUCUCCAGCCAGGAGAAGAGGAACUUCCAGACAUUGCUCCUCCCAUUAUCAUUCCCGAUGACCCAAAAGAUCGUAUGACGAACCAUUUCAUGGAGUCUCUAGAUAUUGAUGAGUCUUCAGUUAUGCAACUGGCAGAGAUGGGUUUUCCUUUGGAAGCGUGUCGGAAAGCUGUGUACUAUACAGGCAACCUGGGUGCUGAAGUCGCUUUCAACUGGAUCAUUGUGCACAUGGAAGAACCAGACUUCGCUGAGCCGUUGGUCAUACCUGCAUUUGGAGAGGUUGCUUCCAGCGGAGCAGCUGCGUUUGGAGCUGUUGGGCUAGAUAACCAACCUCCUGAAGAGAUCGUUGCAAUUAUCAUUUCUAUGGGCUUCCAAAGGAAUCUAGCAAUUCAAGCGCUGAAGGCAACAAACAAUAAUUUGGAGCGUGCGCUGGAAUGGAUCUUCAGCCACCCUGAACUCGAGGAAGAAAUCGAGCCUGCUUUGGACAUGACGCAUAUGGAGAACAAUGCUAAUGCCAAUAUCCUUGCAGAGACAGGGUCGGAGGGACCCAGGAUCAAAGAUGGGUCUGGAAGAUACGAGCUGUUUGGGUUCAUCAGCCACAUGGGAACAUCCACAAUGAGUGGCCACUAUGUUUGUCAUCUCAAAAAGGAAGGAAGAUGGGUGAUCUACAAUGACCUUAGAGUCUGUGCCUCAGAACGACCUCCCAAAGACCUGGGCUACAUUUAUUUUUACCACAGGAUACCAAGUUAGGCCUCAAAUCUGUUACCUGGCCUUAAGAAGCCAUAAGCCUUUUUAACCUGCCCAAAAAAGUGUACAAUAAAAAAGAAAAUCUAAACCCAGCAAAAGACCCCUAACCCUUGGACUGCCAAAAGCGAAGGAAAACAUGGGAUAUUUAUAGUUUAUUUAAAAACAGUCAUUUGAUGCCGCCUUAAGUGUUAGAGGGAAAAUUUCUAUUAGGUGAUGUAUAAUACUUUGUUUUAAAUUUAUAAACCUUAAGACCGUGCAGAUUACUGGUGGAGUUUGCAGCUGGAAAAAUAUGGAAAAAGCAAAAGUUUCAGAGUUGAACAAAAAUAGCCCAGCUCAGCCCAGCUCCUGCCUGUUCUGUCCAUGCGUCUGUUGAAGACAACGAAGAAAUAUUUGCAUCUUUGGUAACUGGGAGGCAGUGUUCUCAACCAGAGUCCCGACCACGUGGAGAAAUCACAUCGCAUAUGAAGCUGGAGAGAGGGGGCGUGUGAGUGUUCCUCAAAGCUGAAUGUCUUAUUUGAGCGAUUAUUUUCAGUACAGUGAAAAAAGUCAACUGAAGUUAUAUCUGUUGGAAUUCAGUUUAAUAGUAUCUUGGUUUGCCUUUUUGAUGCAUAAACCUAAGAAACCAAUGGAGAUGCUUGCAGCCUCCUGUCAGUGCCCUGUGCGUUUUCUGCCAAAGAGAAAUAGUAGAUUUUAUUUUUGCAGAAUAGGUUUCUUCAUCUUCUCUUGAAUGUUUGUUUUGCAGGUUCUGCCAAAAGAUUCAGGAUUACAGAUGGCUACAAAAAGCAGACUUUCUGACUAUAAAAUGAAAUGCGUACCCUCAGGACAGGCUACACUUUUUUUUUUUUUUCCUUAUGAAGGAGGUAAAGAGUUUAAUGUCCCAUUAUAUUUAUUUGAGGGAAAUUUGCAGCUAGACCACUCGCAUUCCAGCUGAAAUCAACUCCCUGACAAUCACAGUGCAAUUCUGCUUUCUGCCAAAGAUUGCUUAAAUAUUUAAUUCCAUCAGCGAGUGGGGGAAAUCGCUUUGUAAAAUUGCUGAUUUAUUGAUUUGCCCCUCUAUCCUCCCUCCCUUAAAAAGAAAAAAAAAACAACCCAAAAGCCAAAAAACCCCAAACAAACAAAAACCCCAAAACACCCAACAACAACAACAAAACAAAAAAAAAAACCACCAUGAAAUGAUGUUUCAGCUUUCUUAAAGCUUGCAAACACACCGAUAAUCUGAUCUCUUCAACAGACACCUUUUAAAAGGGUUUUUAUAUCUCUGGAAGGGCUGAAGGGGUGGGUAGGUAGGGGUUGCCCUUCCCUGUCUUUUUUAGAGGGGGGUUAUUUCAGUUUGUGUCACGGGCAAGAACAUAUAUGUGGGUUUUUAAACUGUAUUUGAAAACACUAAUUCUAGAAAAAAUACAAAAGCCUCAAAGGUUCCCAGUGUUGGCCACUGCUUAGAGACUGUUGCUGGAGGUGCCUCACAUCAUCUUACUGAGCCCUCAGAGUAAAUUGGAACGGCCUCAAAAGAAAAAUUCCUCCUUACAGAGUGCAAGAGAGGCAGGGAGGUGUAAUUACAUUUUCUCCGCAGUCAGUGCCUGCAAGUUUAAUAGCAAAAUUCAGGCAAAUACACACUACAGAAGAGAACCCAAAUUAAAAAUCUCAUUAUGAGUAGGGCAUUUUAUUUUUUCCAGCGUUUGGGGAAAAAUAGUUCUCCCUGGUCACGCAGCCUCAUGCAGAGCCAAAAAACACUGUUGGUUUUUUUUUUUAAUCAGUUUUUGAUCUUAAAAGAUUAUGAGAGAAAUUCUAGUGCAAUAAUUCUGUAGGGUGUAAAAGGUGCCUAAUUGCUGGGAAAGCUUGCUGCACUUAGUGCUCUUAUUGACACAAAAGAACAGCAUCCCAGCACAUUAGUAAGCGGCUCCUGUGGGAUUCGGCUGCCUUGUAAUUAUUGAGCCACCAGUUCUGGACAACAUAAAAGCUGCCAGUAAUUUUUAUCCUUCUUCCAGGCUUAUUUAUGUAUUUCACCAGAAAAUGCCAGAUUUGAAAACGGGAUCAGCAAAUUCUGCAGUGAUACAUUUAUUUAAAGUGAAGGAACAAAACUUCCGUGUAUCUGUGUUUGUGCUUUUUCAUUCUGGCAGUAGAAAAAGGACAAAAGGCCCCUCUCUCUCUUUUUUCCCCCUUUCUUUCUUAGUUUUUUUGAACACCCGGUCAUAUUCCAAGGAAGUUCAGCACAACAGCUUCCCUCUUGCCUCAUGAACCUAAAGGGCUAUUUAUAAACUAACAAGAUCUGGUGGCCGCUACCUUUUUAUUUAGAGACCUCAGGUAAAUAAAAAAUGGGAGUUGUUCCCAUGUUAUUGAACUGGAAGCAUGGCUGGUCUCGCAGGACUGAGGGUGGAGCUCGGACUCUUGCAAACCGUUUGUCCGGUACAUCCUAAAACGGAACGGCUGUGGGGGCGAUCGCUGCCGGUCCAUGGGGGGCACACGCAGACGGCUGGCAGGGGAUGAACUGGAAAUGGUAGCUGAAAGGGAGGAGCCGUUUGCUGGCCCUGCUAGGUGAACUCUAGAGCUCGGCUCCCGGAGGUGUUCGCAUUUCGUCACUCCUGUGUCGUGCCUGCCUACCUACCAAGCGGGUCAGAAGUGCAGGGGGCAGUUUAGGGGAGAGACUUACGCAUCUUCUAAAACUUAGCACUUGAAAAAUAUGCUAAAGUUCUUCAGCUGCUUGAGAAAUUAUGAUGUCCCAAAGUAGUGGCUUCUCUCCUUUUUCAAAUGGCCAGUUAAAUCAUCUCACUUUUGCGAUGGGAUGUGUGUGAAGAACAUCAUGAAUCUGGAGGAGCAGGAUGCAAACUCCUGACUCUUCAGCCUAUCGUGGGGGAGAGGAGUUUGGGGGGUUUUGUUUGCUUGUUUUUUAAGCCGAACAGCCUAUACCGAACUGGUGACCGAUUUAUCAGGCUUUGCCUGCUAAAAUUUGUAUGCACGUGUUUGUGCUGGGCCAGGCCUCGGUGCACAGCCGGGGCAGCGGCUGGUGGGGAGCCUCCAUGUGUCGGGGGACGGUAAGAGCUGUUGGGGGGUAGGUGUGCUGAGAGCUUCUUGACAAAACCAGAUGGAUGAAGAAAAAUCACUGUGAGCUGUUUGAGACAAUCUAACCUGAGAAUUAUGGCAAGCCAGGACUUGGCAGCAAAUAAUACUCUUGUUUCUUGGACUGAUUUUUACUGUUUCAUAUGAUAGGUUUAGGUUAGGAGAGUGGAAGGAAGGCAAACUCAACCACUUUUCCUUGUUUUCCUUUUCCCCUCUCAUUCCUAGCAGCAUGCUGGAUCCAGUAGGCCCCUCAUUCUGAGACACAAUCUCCAGUCUCCAAAACACAUGUAGACGCAAACUCCUGCUGAAUCUUCCUAGCUAAAACAUAAUUAGGGCAAAAAUUGAAUUUCAUCAAAGUUAUGGUUUAAAAAGAAGCCUAGGUGUUUCUGGACUACUAUCACUUGUAAUUCUGCUGAGUUCAGUGGCAUUACUUCUGACUUAUCUUGGUGUAACUGAAACCAGAAUCGGUCCAUUUGCUUUGACUCAGGCAGCCUCCGCUGGGCCGUAGCGCACGUUCUCAAUGUGGAUGCAACCGGCGCUCGUUAGAUUGUUUUAGAAGAAUCUCCAACUCAUUCCUUUUAUUCUCCAUCCUGGCAGAGGCCAUUUUUAUCUUCUUUGCUGUUUUCAUGCAUUGAAAGACUAUGCAAAAUAUGUAACUGGACAUAACUUUUUAUUCUUUUCCCACUGCCCUUCCUACCCUAAUGGCUGAGAUCAGUUUCUGAUUUCUGUUCACCCGUCGGUGGUUUUACUGUUGUACCUGGAAGUGUCUGUACUGGUUUACUUUGCACCAUUCGGAGUUGUUUGUUUGAAGCACUGUUAACAUUUUGGAGAGUAGUUGUCUGAGAUGAGAAAGGUUGUGAAUGACAUUGUUGCAACUGUUUUAAAUUAAAAAGAAAUAUUCUCACA